CAAGCAUAUAAAUUAACGUCAGCCAGUCUGCCAACAUAUGUCGUUGGAAAUUUAACGUAGUAAAUAUCGGAUUGCUACACAGCUAGUAUAGUUACUUUUGUGAAAAGGCCGAGAUCGAGAAACCAGGUACGUUUACAUAAAAGCUUGAUGCUAACUAGCUUGUAAAUUGUCACCUGCCGUGAUGUAGAGAGUCCGAGAAGAACUGAUGGAGAUCUGGUUACUGCCUAGCAACGUUAGCCUGAAAUGACUUCGGAAAUCCGACAAAACUUCCACCAGGACUGCGAGGCUGCUAUUAACAGACAGAUAAACCUGGAGCUCUAUGCCUCCUAUGUUUAUCUCUCUAUGGCAUACUAUUUUGAUAGGGAUGAUAAAUCCCUACCGAACUUUGCAAAGUUCUUUCACGCGCAGUCCAAAGAGGAACGCGAUCAUGCAGAGAAGCUGAUGAGUCUGCAGAACAAGCGGGGAGGCAGAAUUUUUCUGCAGGACGUCCGGAAACCUGAUAGAGAUGAGUGGGGGAGCGGCCUCGAGGCUUUGGAGUGUUCCUUGCAGCUGGAGAAAAGUGUAAACCAAUCCCUGCUGGACCUGCAGAAAAUGGCGACUGAGCACAACGAUCCUCAUAUGUGUGACUUCAUAGAAACACAUUUCCUGGAUGAGCAGGUAAAAUCUAUCAAACAGCUCGCUGACUGGAUAUCCAACCUGCGCCGCAUGGGAGCCCCUCAGAGUGGCAUGGCUGAGUACCUCUUUGACAAGCACACCAUGGCUGACGAGGGCAGUUAAACUACGCUGUGACGCUGAUAAUUAUCCUGGUCACCGCUGCCUUCCAGCCUGCCCCCUGUCCCUGAUGUACUGAAAUAUAAUACAGAUAACGCUGCUUCAUUUAUGUUUGCUAGUUGUCAAUCAACUGCAGUUUGCAAAAUGCAUAUAGUUCUAGUGUAGACUUCACUUCACUUUACAUUCCAGAUUACAACCGAUCUGAGAGAUGUUUUGUAGAAAUAAAGACUGAGGGAACCUCUAAUUCAAGCCAUUUAUGUGUUCAUAUUUCCUGAUAUUUUACUGAUCAUUUCAGUGCUUUUCAAUGUCUCAGUAGAAAUUAGAAAUACAUUUUAUUCUUUCAUUCUAUUUCAUUCUUUGAGCAAUAUGUGUAUGGAGGCUGGAUUGUGCCACUGGAAUAUUUAAAAUGGUAAAUGGACUCUACUUGUAUAGCGCCUUUCUAGUCUUCUGACCACUCAAAGCGCUUUACAUGCCAUUCACCCCAUUCGUACACUGAUGGCUGAUGCCAGCUGCUCAUCAGUACAAAGAAACUAAUUCAUUCACACACUCACACCAAAGGCACAGCCUUGGGAGCAGUUUGGGGUUCAGUAUCUUGCUCAAGGGCUCCUCGACAUGUGGGCCGGUGGAAGCUGGGAUCGAACCCGCUAAUCAUCUGAUUAGAGGACAAUCCGCUCUACCUCUAAGCCACAGCUUUUAUGUAAAAAUGACUGACAUGGACGUUUAUAAUUCAGUUUGUAAUAUCUUUAUACUCUAUAUUGGGAUAUUUAUUUUAAAAAUGCAUUUGCAAAAUGUUUUCCUUUAUUCCUUUUACUAUGAGUCUUAUGAUAUUGCAUUCCACAUCUUUCACAUACGAUCCACAUUUGUCUCCUGAUUAAGCAUCUUUCUUUUUUCCAGACUUGAAUUUAAUGAUACCUCAUUCUGAUACUCUCAUGACCUUUUUGUUCACUAUAUUGUUCCUGCAAAGAUUGUGUUAUUGAGGAUAUUUAAAGGGACGGGAGUCCUCAGACCUAGCCAUCAUUUUAGUACCUUUCCACACAGCUGCUGCUAAUUCUCUGCAUUGAACUUCUUUUAGUUUUGCGUGUCUUGAAGGAGAAACCUCUUUGAAUUAAUUUGUACAUGAAAUGAAACUUUAAUGAGUAAACCAAGUGACAAAUGAACACUAGUAAAUAGAUUAAUCCACCAUGUAAUGACUAUCUAAUUAAGUGGAAUUAAUUUGUGCAUUUAAUUAUAAUUUAACUACUUUCUACAAAUAUUUUUUGUCAGUUUUAUUUAAUUUCAAGUUGGUGAAUCUCUUAUUCUAUAUAUUAUAUAAGAACUACUAUAUAUUAACUACUCUGGUUAAAAUUACAAUGACACAUUAACCCACCAUAUUUUUACUGGGUGUUUUUAAAUGCAUCAGCUUUGAGUUGCAUCCCUCAUGUAUUUAUGGCUUAAACUGCAUAAGGUGACUGUGUAAGCUGACUGUUCAGUAACUCACUUUACAUAAAAUGUAAUGUGAGCUGAACACACUGAUGUGGAUAAGCAGGUGAAAUCCAUAAAAAUGUUUUUUAGGGGAUUAGAUCGCUUCUCUGCAGUUGCUUUAUGAAUGAUUUAUGAAUAUUUGUAGUCGUGAAUUUAAGUUGUACAUACAGUUUCCUUGUAUAAUAAAAUAAAAUAGUAAUAAACAAAUGA